CAUAACAAAAUCAAUCAAACCAGUUUUCCUUCUCUACUCUCAACUCCAGACUCCCAAAGCCAUUAUGAUGGAGAAGGUGGCUGCUCCUUACAACAGCGCAUACUUGUAUUUCCUCCUUCCCCUUGGCUUCGUCUUGUCCGUCAUUCUUUACUUGACCUCCGCCCACCGCCGCGGAGGCCGGAAACUUCCUCCAAUCGUGCCGGGUGCCCUCCCAAUCCUGGGCCACAUCAAACUCAUGAAAUCCCCAUCCCACCAAACUCUCAUGCGCCUGGCUCAACAACACGGCCCCAUUUUCACCCUCCGCCUGGGGAGCCAGCUGACCGUGGUGGUCACCUCAGCCUCCUUGGUGGAGGAAUGCUUCACCAAAAACGACAUCGCCUUGGCCAACCGGCCCGGCUUCAUCAUGGGAAAGCACAUGGAGUACGAAAACACCUCCAUCACCCAGAUCUCCUACUGCGACCACUGGCGCCACCUCCGCCGCAUCUCCGCCGUCGAGAUCUUAUCCAACCAGCGCAUCAACGGCUUCCAACCCAUCCGCCUCCAGGAAGUCCAUCGCCUUAUCGCCAACCUCAGCGGAGGAGAAGUAGGACGACGAAGGCGCGUGGAGAUGAAGUCUGCAUUCAACCAGCUGGCCUUCGACGUCAUGACGAGGGUUGUGUCCGGGAAGAGGUACUACGGCGGCGGCGGAGAUGACAUGGAGGCGACGCAGUUCACGGAUAUAAUGAAGAAGGUGGCAGAGUAUGGCGGGGCCACUAAUCCGGUGGAUUUCGUGCCGUUGCUGAGGUGGUUGGACCGCGGGAAGUACGAGAAGGAGGCGAUGGAGCUGGCCGGAAAGACUGAUAAGUUCUUCCAAGGGUUGAUUGAUGAGCAAAGGAGAACCAAGGAAAGUACCAACUCCGUCAUUGAACGCUUGCUCAAGUUGCAGGAGUCCGACCAGGAGAAUUACAGUGAUCAGAUUAUCAAAAAUCUUGUGCUGGUGAUGGUGUUGGGGGGAACUGAAACUAAUGCAGUAACAUUGGAGUGGGCGAUGUCAUGCCUUCUCAACAACCCCGACAAACUAGCCAAGGCAAGAGAUGAGAUCGACAAGCAAAUUGGCCAAGAACGCUUACUAGACGAGUCCGACAUUCCCAACCUCCCCUACCUUCAGAACAUCAUCUCCGAGACCUAUCGAAUGUACCCAGCUUCUCCACUCCUAGUCCCGCACUUUUCCUCCGAAGAUUGCGUGGUCGGAGGGUACCUAGUUCCGGCCAACACAAUGGUAUUGGUCAAUGCAUAUGCUAUUCACAGAGACCCUACUCUUUGGGAGGAUCCCAUGAGCUUUAAACCCGAGAGACAUGCUGCUGGUGCUGGAAAAGACGGUGCUAAGAUUCUGACUUUUGGGAUGGGUCGAAGGGUUUGUCCUGGUGUGGGUAUGGCCAAUCGUCUUGUGGCCUUCACUCUUGGGACAUUAAUCCAAUGCUUUGAAUGGGAAAGAUUCGGUGAGGAAAAGGUUGAUAUGACUGAAGGCAAAGGGAUCACAAUGCCUAAAGUUAAGCCGCUGGAGGCACUCUGUGUAGCUCGCCCAGUCGUGAAGAACAUUGUUUCCUGAAGAUGCAUGCAUGGGCUGCAGGGCCCGCCCCUCCUCGAGAUCAGCUCAUCGCCACAUCAUUGUCACCGUCAUUACAUAUUACCUAAUGUAAUAAUUGUGGGAUCGGCAGAAUAAAGAACGUGAGUGCAAUAAUAAUAACUAUAGGUUUAGCAACCAGCCGGAGGAUGCUUUACCUAUAUAUUUGUAACUUUCUAUAAGUUUGCAGCAGUUGUGGUUUGGUGUGAAUGUUAAUGAAUGGAAAUAAAGCUC